CGCGACGUUUGGAAAUGACGUCAUUAGAAAUGGACAAAACAAGGCUGAAGGCAAAAAUUGAGGCGUCUUUACAAAACAGUGUGGUUAUAGUAUACAAGUAAGGUGAUUAGAGAGUGCGAAUAAAAUGGCUACACAGCGGGUACUCCCGCAAAGUAAAGAGACGCUUCUUCAGAACUACAACAAGAGACUUAAAGAUGACAUCAGGUCCAUACUAGACAACUUCACGGAAAUCAUCAAAACUGCCAAGGUAGAGGAUGAAACCCAGGUGUCAAGGGCAACGCAAGCGGAGCAGGACCACUAUGAAAUGCACGUUAGAGCCGCCAACAUCGUGCGUGCUGGCGAGUCGCUCAUGAAGCUCGUCUCUGAUCUGAAGCAGUUCCUGAUUCUGAACGACUUUCCGUCGGUAAACGAGGCCAUCAGCGUGCGCAACCAGCAGCUGCGCGCGCUGCAAGAGGAGUGCGACAAGAAGCUGAUCUCUCUGCGUGACGAAAUCGCCAUCGACCUGUACGAGCUCGAGGAAGAGUAUUACUCAUCCAGGUACAAAUAGAUUCCCUGCAGAGAGCCCGUAAACCUGUAGGCGAUAUUCCCGCAAUACGUGCGUUUAUGCCUUAGGUUUAAGAGGGGAAAAAAUAUUUUCUUUUCAUUUCAUUUACAUACCAUAGUGCCUUGGGUGUGGCACGUUUUGUCAAGACUAUGACAAUAGGUUGAAAUCUUAAUUGUGACCAACAAUUAUAUUAGCAUAUGCAUAACCCAGAAGAACUAACAUUCAAGUGCAAUAUUUUUGAGAUGUUAGACCAGGCCCCAGACCUGCUUAAGAUUUGAAGAUGUACCAAAGUUGCAACAUGAGUCUGAAUAUCCUUAAAGGAAGGCCAUGCUUCAUCACCAGUAAUGUAACUGGGUCUCGGAUACAAUGAAAGCAGACUGAAAUGGAGCACCAAGUGCCUUUUAGAAAUAGGUUUUAGUUGUUUCAUGAUGAGGCUCAUAUAGCCUUUAAUCAAAAAGCUAUAUAGUGAUAAUUUACAGGUUAUAAUGAUUCCAUGUUGUGUCUUUUAUAUUGAAACUGUUAUAUUUGAGACAUUUGCUUUAUAUAUUUUGUGGUGAUGGACUGUACAAAUAGUACUCUAUUUAGAUAAAUCUUGUUAAACAACAUCUUGAAUUAAAUUAGUUAUUUCCUUAAUAUUACUCCAUAAAUUCUAUGUAUAAAAAUGUUAUAGAUUGUAACUUUGUCCUGUUUACAACAGAAAUACUUGUAAUUUUAUAUGGUUUUAAUUUGCACUGGUAUAUCCCAUGUUAAAUGAAUCUUUUUUUAAAGCAGAGAUUACUUUUUUAAUCAUCAGUUCUUGCUUGGACUGGAAACAAACAUUGUAUCAGCACAUUUUAGAGAGUAGCAUAACCAAUGACCGAUGCUAGCUGAAGGUCAAGUGCACUGUUCCAAAUGUAUUAGAAUGUAUCAUAUUUCCCCUCCACACACAGCUUACUUGGUAAUUUUUAACAUUACAAAUAAAACAGAGGAAAGAGAA